AUGAACAUUAAAGCAGAUAUAGACUCUAUUGACAUAGCACCAAUAAAUCACAUCAUCAACUUACCAAUAGAUAGAAUAAUCCCGCCCAAUACAACAGAUAAUGAGGAAAAUAUCCAAAAAUCACAAAUUGAGGAAAUUCGUAAACAACUCGAGACUAUGAAGCAAACAGAACCUUUGAGUGACGACAUAUCUAAUCAUGACAUUCAUCAUUAUGCGGCCAUCUACGUCGUCUUCACCGUGCUGGCAGCCGGAGGAGCAGCGCUGGCCUGGCGGCGCUGGCGCCGACGCGCGCGCGCGCCCCCACCGCAGCAGCAGCAGUGUUGUGUUAGUGAAAGUGUUUCUUAUAGCAAAAAUGGGCAAUCUAGUGAUAAAGCAAAGUGUAGUGAAGUGAAAGACAAACCUAUUCAUUCGCACAAAUCGAAAAAGGACCACGGCACGUCGCCGGUGCUCCGCUCGGUACUCACUAUCUCCGAUGAUAAAUCGAGAAAAGGAGGUGCAAAAGCUAAAAUUACAGAAGUGGUCGAAGAAAAAGACAACGAAUUACAAGAAGAAGCAAAACCGAAGCCUUUGAUUGAAAUAGUAGAAACACAAGAUAAAAAACCAAUGAUAGAAGAAGUUGAACCCAAAUCUGAAGAAACUAGUGAAUUUAUAGUAAGAACAGGUAUUGAGAAGGAUGGUGAUCUUAUAAUAGAUCAUGACAAAAAGCUAAUAACUAAUCCGCUCAAGGAAAAUGAACCUGUAAAUAAUGCUGAUGAUAAACCAAUUGAUGCAACAGAAGAAACAAAGCCAAGUAAGAAAGUUUUAAAGAAGAUAUCAAUUGAAGAAAUACCUAAAACUGAAUCUGUAGCUGUCCCUGUUACGGAAAUACCACUGGAUAGUGAUAAUCAGACUAAAGACGAAAUAAAAGAAAAGGAUAAGGGAAAUGAAGGCUCGCAAGAUAACAAAGAAGAAAAACAUGAAAUUAGUAAUGUUGAUACAAAAUCUGAAGAACGAAGACGUAGUGUCCAAUACAGCGACGGCGAUGGAGUGGCCCUCAUCAACUACAUGCACCGCAUGAACACCGACGAAGGAGAUGACGAGGAUUUGGAACCCAGUGCUGAAGACUUGGAGAUCUUCGCCGAGCUCGACCGGGAGCAGGAAGAGCGGCAGGCCAGGAUCGACAGAGGGGAGCCGGCUGUGGAUCCUAUGAAACUCUACGACAAGAAGACGAUGGACGCAUUCUAUAAAGCGGAAGAGCGUGUGCCCGCGCAUGCAGUGAAGGAUAAGAUCAUGUACACCACGUACAAGCACGACAACGCGUUCGACAGGAUCGCUCUGAGCCAGCUCACCGCUGGGGACAGACCAGAUGAAAAGAAAGUGAAGCUCACAUACGUCCCCGGGGCGGUUCUGUACGAGUAUCUUGACCAGAAACCCUGCGCCGAACUGGACUACGAGAUUGGUGAAGAGAAAGUGGAUUCAGGACCUUCAUCGGGAGAAACAGAGUCCAUACACAUACUCAGUGACACUGACACCAAUUCUGAAGAUGAAGCCCUAGAACUUAAACCAAAGCCAAGCACAUCCAAAUCUAAUAGACCAUCCACUGCAGCUGUUAGAAACACUAACAACAGCCAAGCUAAAACUGAAGAUAAAAAAUCACCCAGAGAUGAUAAAGAUAAGGGUAAUCACACUUCUGCUAAAUCUGGAAGAUUCGUUCCCGCUGGAAGUAGCCAGAGCACUCCUGGUAAGAGGGAGAAAGGUGAAGACUUCAAGGCAAAGAAAAGAGAUGGUGACUUCAAAAAUGAUCCCGAAGAUAGAGGUCCUGAUGCAGGAAUUAAAGAAAAUGAUGAAAAUGCAAAUGUUACGACUGAUAAGCAAGAUGCUCCAAAGACUGAAGCUCUAUCGUCAUCGUACGAGACGAUGCUGAACGUGGACCGCGAGGAGGCGAAGCAGUCCAUCAUCAACACCAUCAAUUCUUACGAGGAUGAGAGGUUCCCUUCGCAAGGUGUAGACCGCUCGGACAUGGUAUCGGACGCUCGCAUCGAGCAGUCAGUCGCCUCUGAGAUCCUGGACAGAACCUUGCAGUACGAGGAGCGUUCCUACUUCCAGCAGUACGACGUGCUGACCAGCCAGGCCGGGAAUAUAGACAACAAGACCAACGCCAUUAUUGAACAGAUAUCCGACCAGUUUGAUAACGAGUAUUCUUUGCCCGAAGUGUCUCGCAUCCUCGAAGUCCACAUGGACGCGGCAGAACAAAGAUGGCGGGCGGGGGAGUUUCUGCACUACAUCGCCGUCAGCCCAGCCGAGUCAGUUGCUGACCCAGACGACACAGAAGUGACCCUGGUCCCCAGUCACGAUACGUCUCUAGAGGAUACAUUGACAGAUGAAAACGUCAACCGAAUGGAAGCCAUCACAGAGUGCAACGACUCAGGAAUCGGAAAUGAAAAGUCUAUUGUUGGAGACGAUGAUGAUAAUAGUACUAAUACUGACGGAAGAGCUAAUGAUUUUCCAAAUAAUGACAGCGGAGUUUCUGAUACUGAGAGAACUGAUAAUAAUGGCACUCUAUCAAGCGAUGAAAGGAAUGAAAGGGAUAAUGAUUCUUCGACAAAUGUUUCAAGUUAUAACAAAACCGAUGAAGACAAAGAUGUAGCUGAAGACAGUUCAGUAGCAGACGACUCCAAAAUCGAAGAUUACCAAUCAGUUCUCGAUGAAAGUGACAUUGGUAACGAUAAAGUGAACGAUGUUUCGACGGAAUGCGAGGAGAUGUUUGAAGAUUGCGAAGAGAUGGGCGAUUCGAACGAUGGAAAAGACGAAUUCGAUCUGAUAAGCGAGAAUUACUCUCUAGAAAUGAAGCUAGCUCUAGGGAUUCAUAAGGAUUUGUAAGUUAUUUAUUAGAAGUCAACUGAUGAUCUCACAAUUACGAUUACGAUCCAAUCUAGCAAAAUACCGUCUUUAUCGCCCUUAUUCCUCACAAAAUAAGAUCAAUUUGAUGCUGUCACAGAAUAGCACUCUCUC